AGUCACCAGAAGAAAUUCCAUGGUAAUGUUCUUCUCAAAGAAGAAACUGCUCCCAUCUUGUCCAAACAUCCUUACCCCUGACCAGAUUCCAAAAUUUUUCAUUCCUCCAAAAUUGUCUCCCAUGUCUAGAAGAGGUGGCCACUGUGGGUCACCACUGCAGAAGAGAGAUGGAGCAACCAAAUCCAUUCCAAGAGAGCUACUAAAGUCAGCAAAUCGACAUUUCAUCCAAGUGGAAGAUAUGGAACAGGAGAUGGAGGUGCCGGACCAAGCUAUUUAUCCACCUAUUCCUGACCCGAUAAUUGGAAGUCUAUACCUAGUGGAGAGUCCCCAUACUCGUAGGAGGGAGUCUCUUUUCCAUGAGAUGUGCAAUUCUCAAGGAAAUUGUGAGAUGACUACCGUAUCCCCAUUGGAUCCAGAAUAUACACUAAGCUGGAGGACCUCGCCUUUAGGCACAGGGACUCAACAGGUUCCUCUUGGAUGUAACAUGGACAGUGAAACCACAUCCUCGGCAGAGUCCUCACCUUUUAGUUCACCCCUGCUGCCUCGCUCACUGGCAGGGAGCCUGGUUGGCCAUGUUUAUGACAAUCAACAUAAUUUUAGUAGAACUCUGAGUACAAAGUACUUGACUCGAGAAAACUCUUUAUCCACUGAGACUAGCUCCACAGACACCAGCCCCAGUGUUCCACAGAGACAAAAGCAUUAUGUGAUGUCUACUUCUAUGAUACACCUAGUUCCCCCACCUGUAUAUCAGCUAGAUUUUAUUUGCUGCCAAGAAAGGCUUACCAAGGAGACAGAGGUCAUGUUGGGCAAUGGGGGUACCUUGCGUCUGUCUGCUGAAUAUAUGAAAGAAGUAGGACGCCUAAGGGUGAAACUUGUAAGUGCAGAGAACCUGUACCCAGCACACCAGGAUCCAAAAAGUAUUAGCUGUUGUGUUGUUAUGUAUCUUCAGCCAGGAAAAUUGCAGAAGCAAAGGAGCACUAUCAUCAGGAAGAGCCGAAAUCCAAUAUUCAAUGAGGACUUUUAUUUUGAGGGGGUUGAUAAAGAGGAGCUGGAUUCUCGUAGCCUAAAAUUGAAGGUAAUGAACCGUGGGUCCAACAUUCACAGAGACUCCUUACUGGGCUACAGUGAGCUCACACUCUGCUCCAUCUUACCCUCAUAA